ACACGCGCACGGCGCACACAUAUCCCUUCCUUCACUGGCUCACUGCGGUCCCGGCAAAAGUCAGUCAACUCAGCCAACAAGCGCUGCUGCUCGGGCACGGGUGGUUUGGGAGGCCGGACGCAACGUCGGGAUGCAGUCGCUGCAGGACAAGGCGUCGGAGUGGAGCGGGGUGGCGGCCGCCGAUGCCUUUGCCAUCGACGACGUCAACAUAUUCGAGUACCUCGGCGGCACUCCGCAGCCAUUCGUCGACCUCUCCACCAAUUUCUACACCAGGGUUUAUGAGGACGAAGAGGAGUGGUUUCGGGAGAUAUUCGGGGGGUCGAAGAAGGAGGAUGCCAUCCAGAACCAGUAUGAGUUCCUGAUCCAGCGCAUGGGCGGCCCACCUCUAUUCUCCCAGAGGAGAGAUGGUCUGCCCAAAAUGAUUGAAGAAACGAGUAUCUUCAUGACACCCUGCCCUUAUAGGACGACACCGACCAUUCUUGGUUACCCACCGAGCUGCAGAGCGGUGGCUACACCACAUGCAACAAGCUUUGGACGCAACUGAAAGCAUAGAUGUGGACUCAAAAACGAAAAUGAUGAACUUCUUUAGGCACACUGCUUACUUCCUUGUUGCUGGCAAUGAGAUGACAAGGCAACAGGGCCAUGGAGUAGCCUGCAAACAUGCAACAAGUAAACCAGCUGAGUAACCAUUUUAGCCGUGGAGCUGGUAACCAUUGGAAUAAUUACUGAUAAGCCUUUUAUCCAGUGUGCCUUUAUAGCAUUCCGUAUACAAUGGAGUUGAAACAACCUCCACAUUCAAAGAAACAAUGGUACUGACUCUUUGUAGGCUUUAUAGCCAUUCUUGAGCAGAGAGUGUACUCAAAGUGGAUAGUUGUAGCUUCUGCCAAUAUGUUUAUCCUUCUUCGUCUCUUGUGCUCAAGAGUUAUUCACAGCAGUUUUUCAAAUUUGACCUCACCCUAGCAAGGUUACCACACCACAUGUUAACCAUGCCACACUUAUUUAAGGUCAUAUUUGUUUAA